AAUGUACCGUUGUCCAUUGUAAUGUUCAUCUCAGUAGUCAUUGAAAUUAGAACUGUCACAAUCUCCAUGUUUCUGCAGCAACCUGAUGACCCUUUACCUCUUCUCUGCUGACAGGAGAGGGAGACCUGCAGAGAACAGAGAACAUCACUUCAGCCCGUCGCUUCACUGAGCGCAGAAGGGAACUCUGCUGCAGAGGCAAACAGGCACCACACAGAAAUAUUGUGACUCGUGACGAUGACUGCGGACUCGGACUGCGCGUCCUUAUGCAACGACUCGGCAGCUCCCAAGGGACGGGGCCCACCGGUGUUGGUCGACGCCUGGCUGGUCCCCACUUUCUUUGGCCUCAUCAUGCUGGUCGGCCUGGUCGGGAACUCGCUGGUCAUCCACGUGGUCACCAAACACCAGCAGAUGAAGACCGUCACCAACUUUUACAUAGUAAACCUGGCGACGACAGACAUCUUGUUCCUGGUCUGCUGUGUGCCCUUCACUGCCACACUGUACCCUCUGCCCAGCUGGAUCUUUGGAGAGUUCAUGUGCCGACUGGUGAACUACCUUCAGCAGGUGACUGCUCAGGCCACAUGUAUCACCCUGUCAGCGAUGAGUGUGGACCGCUGCUACGUGACGGUCUAUCCCCUGCAGUCGCUGCGGCACCGCACCCCCCGCAUGGCUCUGGCCGUGUCUGUCUCUAUCUGGAUAGGCGCCCUGUUGCUGUCGACGCCCGUUGCCGUGUACCAGCGUCUGGAGGCGGGAUACUGGUUCGGUCCUCAGACGUACUGCAGCGAGGUCUUCCCCUCGGCCCGCCUCCAGAGAGCCUUCAUCAUCUACAGCUUCUUGGCCGUCUACCUGCUGCCGCUGCUCACCAUCACCGCCUGCUACGCGUUCAUGCUCAAGCGCAUGGGCCAAACCAGCGUGAAUCCCAUCGACAGUGGCUACCAACUUCAGGCUCAGGGCGAGCGAGCAGCAGCGGUGCGGGCGCGAGUCUCCCGGAUGGUCGUCGUGAUGGUGGCGCUCUUCCUCAUCUGCUGGGGCCCCAUCCAGGUCUGCAUCCUCCUGCAGGCUUUCGGCCUCCGCAGUUACGUUCUGUACAAGCUGAAGAUUUGGGGCCACUGCAUGUCUUACUCCAACUCCUCCGUCAACCCCCUGGUUUACGCCUUCAUGGGCAACAACUUCAGGAAGGCCUUCAAGCACGCUUUCCCCGCCACCUUUCUGUGGCGCUCCCGGGGGAGAGUCGGGGUGGGCAACACGGAAGCGGAGGAAGGGAAGGACAUCCAUCGCCGGGCGGCCAAAGGGGAGGCAGAGAUGCACUUUCUUUCAUCUGAGCCCUAAAGGCCACUUUGGGCAUUUGGACACCGCCGAGCACUCAUUUUUUAUUUAUAGUUUGUCCUGCAGAUGAGAGCUAUGAGCCCCCACACGGGUGCGCACACACACACACACACACACACACACACACACACACACACACACACACACACACACACAAACAAACAAACACACACACACGUUAAAAAGGGAACAUUUUGGUUCAACUUUGACAAACUGGAAAAUUGUAGGUUUGACAUAAAACGAAUAUCAGUAAUUGACAGGUUGAAACACACACAUACACACACACACACACACACACACACAAACAAACACACACACACAGACAAACACACACCAUCGCCAUGUGAUCUCUUUUAAAGGGAUUAUGUGACUGAUGCGUCUCGUGACCUUUACAAGCUGCUGAAACACAGAAUUAUCUCAGUCACAUUUUUCCGGCUUAUCUGGACAGUUUACUGGAUGUCAGAAUGUCUGUUGCAUGUUGGGGGGGG